CCUUUUGGAGGCAUAAUCAUGCAGAUUUUUUUUUUCCAGCUGGAAUUGGGACCUUAGUCAAGCUGGAGGGAAUUAUGGAGAGGUUGAAAUAGUGGUCUAUAUUGGCACAAAACCACCAAACGUCUGUUAAAACACAAAACACAUGUCAGGAAAAGUCUCCUAGAACAGUUCAAAUUAAUUUGGGGUUAAUCAGAGGCACUUUAGAUUGCGACCGACUGACUCCACCAUUUAACACAGGUUUGAAUGUGAAUAGUUAAUUCUGAACCUAGCGUAACAUUUGUGCAACCAUAUCUAAGUUUUUUAUUUUCACUUUGCAUUCCUUUUCAAAAUGAUCUAAAAUGCUCAUUUUGGGGCGGGGGGGGGGGGGGUGUAAUCACCAAAACAUUUGGACAGAGGCGUUUAGAGUGCAUCCAUAAUGGCCAAGUGAAGUGACAACAUUACUGGAGCAUUUCACAAUUUCCUUCCACCUACAGUCCCUCCUCACAGCCCAUUCUGAACGACCCCCCCCCCCCCCCAUUCUCCUCGUCCAGUCCUCCUCCUCCUAAGGCUACUUGGCCAGAUGGUGCAGUCUUUUCUUUUGUUUACCCACCGACCAUGAGUUGACCUAAGUGUCCCUAGCGACUCAACAAUGGAUGCUGGAUGCCUGAGAGCCGUCAUUUGACCAGUAAAUAAGUAAGCUGGAAAAUGACAUCAUGAUGGAGGGUUCGAUUUUAGGAAGGCUGUGCCAGAGCUGAGUCCAAACUUUCAACCCUCUGCUGUAUUUGCCACUUGAUGGCAGAACUUUCUGUCUAGAAGACAGGCUGGCUGCUUCAGCUUAACAGUGACUAAAAUGUUCUAAACAGAUAUAUGAAAGAAAAUCCUCUGGCGUGAUGUUCAAGCAAGUGGAUACGUCAUCAAGAAGACGCCCUCAUGGUGGCAAUGAGGCCAACCGUCCCCAGUCUUCCUCACCCUCUACUGUCCAACAGAGACGAAUCCGUGCUGUUGAGGUGGCAAGAGGCAGGACCGGGUAUGGUUUUACGCUCUCGGGACAAAGCCCCUGUGUCCUCAGUUGUAUCCUGAAAGGCAGCCCUGCAGAUUAUGUCGGUUUGCGUUCAGGUGACCACAUUCUGUCGGUCAACGACAUCAACGUCUCCAAGGCAUCCCAUGAAGAUGUGGUCAAACUUAUUGGACGCUGCACCGGUGUCUUAAAGCUGGUCAUUGGCGAAGUGGAGCGCUACAGACGACAUCACCACCAGCAUCGAAGCGGGAGCAGUCGUCACCACAGCAGCAACGCGAUGGCCUCACAUUAUCUAGAUUCAUGCUCCAGUGAUGAUGAAUUGGACGGCCUAUACAACAACAGUGUCAACAACAACAAUAACAGCAGGACUGGGGGUGGAGCCCGUGGGGGCUGGUUCAAACCCAAAAUGGAUUCGAAGCAGCUAGGCAUCAACCGGGCUGAGCGGGUCGUGGCAGAGUUACAGUCCGGGGGAAUCUUUAACAUGAUCUUUGAGAAUUCCAGCCACUCAUCCAGCAGCUCUGACAAGGACAGGCCCGGGCACACCUCAUCAUCCAAGCCACGUCCAAUGUCUGAUCCAGAGUUUCCUUCAUGUCGUGUCUCCUCCCGCUCCCAGAGCAACCCUGUCUUGCUCUCUGAGGAGGAGAUGGCCCAAGUUCUAAAUGACGACUCGGUUUUCCUGGACUCCGGUUUUCAGCAUCUCCACCUCCACCACCACCACCAUCAGCACCAUGAGGAACAAGACAUCAAUGUUGGCGAUGGGCCUGACUUGGUCCUGGAUCCAAAUCAGGACAUUGUCAAUGUGGGCAUGAUUGUUGGCUACCUGGGCUCAAUUGAGUUGGCCUCCACAGGCACCAGCCUGGAGAGUGACAGCCUGCAAGCCAUCAGAGGGUGCAUGAGACGCCUCAGGGCAGAGCAAAAGAUCCAUUCCCUGGUCCUCAUGAAGGUCAUGCAUGACAGUGUGCGGCUGUGCAGCGAUAAAGGCCACAUCCUUGCCACGUAUCCUGCAGAAAAACUAGCAUUCAGUGCCUGUUGUCCUGAUGACCGGCGGUUCUUUGGACUGGUCACAAUGCAGGCCACAGACGAAGACUGUUUUAUCAACCGAGGACAAUACGAAGGAGGAGGUUUGAGGACUUCUUGCCAUGUGUUCAUUGUGGAUCCUGACCUGUGUCACCACCAGGUGCAUCUGGGAGUGGCCAGGAGGUUUGGCUUCGAAUGUACUCCUGACCCAGACACUGGUGGCUGCCUGGAAUUCCCCCCCACUUCUCAGUCUCUCCUCCACUUUGUAUCUGUACUUUACCGGGACAUGGGCGACAACAUUGAGGGCGUCCGAGCCCGAGCAUUUCACGAUCCAGAUAAUGAUGCCCAGCAGAACCACAGCACCAGUAGUAAUAGCGAUAGCGGGAUUGGCAACUUUUUACCUGAAGAGAAGAGCAACAGAGUGCUCUUGGUUGACCUGGGGGGGCCACUUCACCACAAUCACGUCUCUGGGCCCCGCCACUGGGACAGCCCACCUUCCUCUCAGCAGGCUUGGAGCCCCACUCUAGGAGCUGCUGCCUCUAACCCACCUCCCCCCCCACCACCGCCUAUAAGGAAUAGCCACUACCGACAUGAACCAUACCUGGCUGACCUCCCUCAUCCCCUCCCACUGGCACACACUGAUGCAGCACCGAGACACACUCGAGGGGGCCCCCUGCACCACUACUCGCAGGGAAAGUGGGGAGGCGGUGACAAGCGAGGGGCUGGAGGAGGGGUGGAGUCUCAGCGUUGGCUACCAGUCCAUGUGCUGAGAGACUGGCACCAGCAACAGCACCAUCUCCACGGCCUGAGCAGCGAUCAGGAGUCGUACACCGAAUCCACUGACGGGUGGUCAUCAGCUAAUUGCAGCACCCUGCCUCCACCCAUGAAUAAGAUCCCCGCUGACCGUUACCGGGCCCCGCUGGUCCCUGGAGACCACCUGCCGCCGCCGCCGCCCGGAGGGAGUCAGCCACCACCUGCUUUACCUGCCCAGACCCACACCCAACGGCUGACGACUCAGAAAGAUGAGUGGGCCAAGAAGCUGUUUGGUGCUGGGGACAGAGAGAGGAGUGAAACAGUCAAGAAGCGUGGGGUUGCUAAAGAUGCAGAGAAAAAGGGCGGUCGGUUUCGUGGUCUGACCGUGGGGUUCCCUCCUCUUCCCCAGCGCUCCUCCGCCAGGCGCUCCUUUGGACGUUCCAAACGUCUCAGCCUGGCCCGCUCCCUGGAUGACCUGGAGUCUACUGCAGUCUCCGACGGAGAAUUGAACAGUGUGGAGCUGCAGGGCUGCAGCAGCGACAACAGUCUGAACAGCAAUGCCAGCCUCCCUAGUGUGCAGAGCCACCGCCGCCACACCGAGAGGAGAGUGGCCAGCUGGGCCGUGUGCUUCGAGAGGCUGCUACAGGACCCCUUGGGAGUCCGCUACUUCUCGGAAUUCCUGAAGAAGGAGUUCAGCGAGGAGAAUAUUUUGUUCUGGCAGGCAUGUGAGUUCUUCAGCCACGUCCCUGAAAAUGACAAGAAGCAGUUGUCUCAGCGAGCCAGAGAAAUCUACAACAGCUUCCUGUCCAGCAAAGCCACCACGCCAGUUAACAUCGACAGUCAAGCUCAGCUCGCUGACGACAUCCUCAAUGCCCCCCGACCUGACAUGUUCAAGGAGCAACAGUUACAGAUUUUUAACCUGAUGAAGUUUGACAGCUAUACGCGAUUCCUCAAGUCACUGCUCUACCAAGCAUGCAUGUUAGCGGAGGUGGAGGGCCGACCCCUGCCUGACCCUUACCACAUCCCCAGCAGCCCCACCUCCAAACACAGCACCACUGGCUCGGACCGUUCCAACCUGUCCACGCCCAAGAAGGAGGACAAAAGGAGCAAGUCAGGCCGCUCUUUGAACGAUGACAGCCGGGAUGAUUCAGGAGACCGGAGGAAGGGCAUAUUCUUCUCCUGGUCCCGCAACAGGAGCUUCGGCAAAGGCCCAAAGAAACGAGAACUGACCGACUUUAAUUACAAUUUCUCUGGGAGCAAUGGUCGGCGUGAAUCCCAGGGUUCUCUGUCCUCAGGCGCCAGUCUGGAGCUUGGGACAUCUGGUUCUGGGAAGAAUGAGGGAGAUGUUUCCCGUGCGGUGGUAUUGGAGCGUGGAGGAGGCAGCGCCCCCUUGAGGCAGUGCAACAUAAACUUGCCAGACGGUUCCUGUUGCUCGGUACCGCUGAGGGCUGGUGUGUCCAUCAGGGAUUUGUUGCUGGGCCUCUGUGAGAAGCUUUGCAUCAACCUGGCAGCUGUCGACCUCUUCUUGGUCGGAGGAGAGAAGCCACUUGUUUUGGACCAAGACUGUAUGACGUUGUGCUCUCGGGACCUCAGACUUGAAAAGCGCACUCUUUUUAGGUUAGAUUUGGUCCCCAUUAACCGCUCAGUGGGUCUCAAAGCAAAGCCCACCAAGCCAGUGACGGAGGUUCUCAGGCCAGUGGUGGCCAAAUAUGGUCUGCACCUCUCAGAUUUGGUGGCACGCAUUAGUGGUGAAUCUGAGCCUUUAGAUCUCGGCCUUCCAAUAUCCAAUCUGGAUGGGCUGAGAGUGGUACUGGAUUCAGCAGAGCACAUGCCAGGAAAAGGUAAUACAGAAAAAGUCCAACAUUCAGUUUCUGCUAAUUUUUCAUCAUGUUACUGGAUUUUCACUUUCUGUCCUUCAGCCCCGUCGAAAAGCCACAUUGGGGCUUCCACAAGUAGAAACCAAUCAACAACAGGGGAGGACAGGCAGUCACGGAAAGCCGCUUCCACCCACCCCAAUGGGGAAAACGGCAAGGCUGGGCCCGGCCUUGACACAAGGAGCCAACCCUUACCCAACCACUCUGUCUCUCUCCAUAAGGCUCCGGAGAAAAGAAAGCAGAAAAAGAUUAAUAUAGACGAAGCUGAAGAGUUCUUCGACCUCAUAUCCAAAGCUCAGAGCAACAGAGCUGACGACCAGCGAGGCCUGCUGAACAAAAGUGACCUACAGCUCCCAGACUUCCUGCGCCUGUCACCCUCGGCGACCGAUCGAGCUGCCCCUCCGCCCUGUGACCCCCGGCCCAGUUGCUCCACCCCGCAUUCCCGUAACCCCGUCAAUGCCAGCGGUCGCCCGGGUAACAAGGCCAGCCAGGACAGGGCGAGCGGCACCCAUUUCCUCAAUGCCCAUAACCAGUCUCAAAGUUUGGAUUCUGCUUUGGGCUCCGACAGUGGAGGCUGGGUGAACAGCAGACCCGCUUCUUCGCUGUUCCAUGCCACAGUGUCUCCCAUCCACCCGUCCCAGGAGGCCCAGCGUGGUGCAUUCAAGGAUACUGGCAGGGUGACGUCAGUCCAGAUGCUAGAAGAGGACGCCCUGUCGGACCUGACUCUAGUAGGUGAGGGGGACAUCAAUAGUCCCAACCUCAACUACGUCCCCCCCGCCGCCGUGCAGUCUAAGCCCCAACCCCGACAACAAGCACCGGACGUUCAGCCUACCUCAGGUAUUUCCCCGGUUUGAUCUUUCACCUCUACGUUUUCAGUUGAGACUGAAUGCAUCCACGUCUCCUCCCUUCCAUCAGUCAGCUCCGUCCUUGCGUGUGGGACAAUAAAAACGCUCCCUGUGGUACAGAAGCAUUCAAUUUCAAUGUAAGAGUACACGAGCUUACACUAGAAACGUGCUUUGUUGCGUUAUAAUAGUGAUGUACACACUGUGACCGAAGUCCAAGUUGUUGGGAAGAUGAAGUGAGGAUGAAUGGAUGCAUUAUGAUGGUUGCCAAUGUCCUUGAAAUUUUCCUGCGAGGUGUGCAUCCGUGUGAACCUUUGAGUGGGCUUGCUGUGGAUUUUGUUCUUUUCUUUCCAUGCGACGUAAUAGCGAGGAGCAUGGCGAGGAUCCAGCUCCUUUUCACCAAAACAACAUAAUGAUGCACUUUAGCCCCUUGCGAACAAGACUCUACACAUUCGCGCACGUGUUAAAAUCCCUUGUUGACUUUGACAGUACAUAUUCUACUCAUGCUAAAAGAAUGGAAACUAAUUUAUACGAUGGGUUGAGUGAUCAACGGCUCUGCAUCUACAUUGCGAUGCCAGUGUGUUAUUUACAUCUUAGUGCACACUGAGCCUAAAAAUCAUGGGCGAACACGUUUGCUCAACGGGUCUUUGUUGCAACUUGAUUACACUUACAUGCUGUGUUUUUACCACUCUCACCUUGGACACUAGUAAUGCCCUUCGUGCAAACACAGGCCACAGUCAGUCUGCACCGCUUGCAGACCAAAAAGAGAGUUUUGCACCAACCUUUCGAUCUUUUGUCGUCUUUGCACAUCACAAAGCCGUGUUGUUAUUCUUUAUAACGUUGUGGCUUCCUGCAGGAUAGAAGAACUACUCUGCAGAUAGGUCCAGAAGUAUUUGCAAUAGGACAGAGUUUCUGUCAUUUUGCCUUUCCAUCCAAACAAAAUUGAUUUGAAAUAAAACAAUCAACAUCGAAGUGUGGACUUUCAACUUACUUACGUGCUUGAAAAGGUUUCCCCCGAGAUGUAUUUGUAAUUGACAUUUGAUUCACAUCCAUUUGUAUCCGUCCUUGCGUUUUCUAGAUCACAAAUCCUGUUUAGGGUUAAUCGGGGGGCAUUUCGACACAACCAUUCAGAUUCAGGGUGGGACCAUCACUGUUUUGGGUACAGAACUUGGGCUGCCUGCAUCAAGUGAGUGAAGCACAACCUCACCUCCAUUUUAAUCAGUUUCUCAAAAGGAUUUGGAUAAAGUGACAUAAUUGUGAGUAUGAACAUCAUUUUGAUAUUUUAAUGAAGGCAAAAUCACAAAAACUCACUCACAGUACUUCUUGACCUAACUACAUUAAGGUGAAACAGUUCACAUUUCACAUACAGAAGUGUUGAUUUAUCUCACAAUCUUAUAUUUUGUACCAUGUCACCGAAACAAAAAGUGUUAAUUUGUACAUAGCCAAACUAAUGAACUCCCCACAUGUUGCUAUUGUUAAAUUGCAUUGCAGUCAUGCUGUUUCUUCAGGUAAGUCGCAGUAAACAUCGAUCUUCUGGUAUCUGCUCUCUUUCAAAGUGUUUGUAAAUACAUACAAUAAAUGUUAAGAGCUUGAGUCUUUCUUUGUCUAACUUAAACCAGCCUCUGUCGUUUUUCUGCCCUAUGACCUUAUUCCAAUUCUAUGACAUGCCCAGUCAACUAUCCAAUGUGAAUACUGCACUUCAUUGUAUUUCAUCACUAAUUUUCACUUAGAAAUAUGCAGAUUUAGGG